AUGCCCUACAUCCCCUUCCGCCCCUCCUCUUCGUCGUCUCUCGCACAGGGCAAAUUCACCUACCGCAUAGGCGCCUCUUCGGCGGCCAAGAGAGCUCCUCAACGCCAACCGCAGUACAACCGCGACUACUUCCUCUACCCCUCGACCAACACCCCGGCGCAACAACCCUACCUACGCAGCACGAAGGACGUCAGCGGCGAGGAUGCCUUCUUCGCCACUACCAUCGGGCCGGGGAAUGCGCACGCCGUGUCUUUCGGCGUCGCGGAUGGCGUAGGCGGAUGGCAGGAUCAAGGGGUGGAUCCGAGUGAUUUCAGCCACGGCAUUGUGGGCUACAUGGCGGGCAGCGCGCAUCUGUUUGACGAGAAGGAGGAGAAGAAGCGACUGCGGCCGUUAGCGCUGCUGCAAACAGCGUUUGACGCGGUCAUGGCCAACCCUAGAAUUGUGGCGGGUGGCAGCACAGUCAGUUUGGCGGUCGCAGACGAAACAGGUGCACUGGAGUGCGCCAACCUCGGCGACUCCUCCUUCCUCCUCCUCUCCCCCGGCAAAAUCACCCACCGCUCCCCAAUCCAAACCCACGCCUUCAACACCCCCUACCAACUUUCCAAAAUCCCCGCGCAACUGCAAGCCCAACACGCCAUUUUCGGCAGCCAGCACUUCGCCGAAACGCCGAGCCAAGCCGACGUGACGCGCCACAGCGUGCGGCACGGCGACAUUGUCGUCUUCGCCACGGAUGGCGUGUGGGACAACCUGUCGGCGCAGGAUGCGCUGGGUAUCGUCACGAAGGUGAUGUGCGACGAGGGGUACUGGUUUCAUGAUAAUUCGUCUGGCGAAGAGAUGAUGCUGGAUGAGGGGCUGGUGAGGAAGAUUCCGCAGGAGAUUACGAAGGAUGUUAGGGAAACCUUCCUUCCUGGCUUGCUGGCUACGGCGAUUAUGAGGGAGGCGAAGAGUGCGGGACUGGAUCGGAGGAGGAACAGUCCUUUUGCAAAGGAGGUAAACGCGAGGUAUCCCGACGAAGGCUGGGAGGGUGGCAAGCCGGACGAUAUUGCCGUUGUCGUAUGCAUCGCUGUGCAAGAGGAUGGCGAGGUGCAGGAGAAGCCGAUCAAGGCCAAGCUAUGA